GCACUACGUAAAAAUGGGUGGGAUAACAUUAUAGUAGCGGAAGUAAAGGUCAAUAACUAUACAGACAAUGACGUCCCCAGGUCACAACCCUCACCUGUCUAGGUGGAGGAGGCUCAGUAAGAGUACAUCAGGAGACAAGAUUCAUGUAAAGACUGAUGAUAUCGACCAAUGGAGGAAGCGUGUGGAGAUUGCUUCCGAAUUUGCUGUAUCUGAAGUGUUCUGCCCCAAGAAACCUCAUUCAGGAGCCAGAAACCUCGCGGUACCAUUGCAAAGCUCUGACCAGCUAAAAGAUCAUGAUGAUGCUUACGGUGAAGCUCAGGCUCUUCUUGGUGAUUGGCUGAGCAGUAAGUUGCGUCUUGAGCUGGAAAUGGAUGAGGAAGAUGACCUGCUGUGCUCUGCUGAGAGGAGUAGCCCUGUUGCACUGGCGAGUGCCCGGCCUGCAGCUGUGGACUACACAAACUUUGAUGAUCUGUACAAGUGUCUGGCUGAGGAGGAGGAACACAGCGCUGUUAACAGCUUCCUACAAGACCUGAUGGAGCGAGAGGUGUUGGACUGUGGGGUGAUGGAGGAACUGGCAUUAGAUGUUGGACAAACAAAGAGGAAGUUCAGAGACCCGAUCGUCACCAUGGAGGCUCGACACCUGCAGGUGCGGGAGAACAGGGCCAGGCAGGAGGAUGAGAGGAAGAGACAACAGAGAGAGAAGGAGGCUCAGCGUCAGGCCAGAGAGGAGGCAAAGCAGAGAGAGCGAGGGGAGGAAAUGAGGAGGAAGCAGGAGGCAAAAAGGCAGGAGGAGAUGGUGCAGCACGAGAUGCUGAGACUGCGACGUGAGAUGGAGGAGAGGAGAGGCCUGGAGCAGCUGGUUCGACACAGGGAGAGGGAGAGAGUGGGAGGGCUGAGGGCAGCCAGAAGCCUCCAGUCAGCUCCUCCACUUCCCACAAAACAGCAGCAGCAGGACACAGAGCGACGCUAUAAAGAACAGAACAUUCAGACCAGAAUUCACAUGCAAAAUCUCAAGUGUCUCCAGAGGCAUUUCUCCAGGUGGUAUACGGUGGUGUUGGACCGAAGGCUACGUUUGAAUAAGGCCUCGGCACUAUGUGACUGGAAGAGGCGGCUGAGAGCGUGGCGAGCGUGGCGGGCAGUGGUGUGGGCAGAACAAAAGCAGCGAGAGGUGUCAAGAACUGAGCAGGAGCUACGUGUUGAAAACAGGCGAGAACUUCAAGGAAAUUACGUUAGUUUGCCACAGAUGGCCCAAUGCCCAGCAGUAAUGAGGCUUAAAAAUAUGAUCACAUCUGUCACCUCCUCCAGACAAUGCCACCUGGCCAUGGAGAGCGACCGACGACGUUUGCUGCGGCGAUGUCUGAACGAGUGGCAGCUAUGGUGUCGGAUGGAGAAGGAACAGCGAGCGCUUUUGGCCCAGCAGCAGGAGACCCGCCGCAAGAUGGCUGCCUUAAUCAACGCUGCAUCAACAGGCAAACUCAACGUCACAGAAACUCCAAUUCAUCAGGGAGUAAUGGCCCCACCUGAGGCUUCUAACCAACCAGAGAAUGAAGAGAAGGAGGAUCAGCACAGGUCAGGCACCCCAGCCCACAACGCCCCUGCAGUGCAACAGAACAGGACCCCUGUUUGCACUGUGGCCCAGCCCACACAGCCAUGGCAGGUGACCCGACGCCAUGCAGCACCAACGGCCACAGAGCUCCGGGAGGCACGGUGGAGAGUAGAGGAAGGCGGCUUCACCAGUCCUAAAAUGGCAGCACUGCCGGGCAGCAGAUUUGAGAACAGGCAUGCUGUCCAGCAGCAGAUCAUCACGCAGCAGAGGAAGCUGUUAAAGGAGCAGCAGGACCAAAUUGCAUGGCUGAGGGAGGGGCAGAGCAUGAAGCGCUUGGAGCUGGAAAUGGAGAAAACCGCACAACUAACUGAGCUUUCAUUGUUAGGAGGCUCGAGGCCAAAGGCCCACAACUCUGACCUCACAGAGCAGAGGGAACCGAGAGCUACUGGAAAACCUGAUGUUUUCUGUGCACCUCAGAAGAAAGCAGUCACACGGCAGGCAUGCCCCCAUCCAAUCAUCACAGCCAUGGAGGCCCGUGCACGUCAACGUGCAACACGGAGGAAAGAAAUCGAGGAGCUCAAGAGAAAGAAGGAAGACGAAAGACUGGCCGAAAUGAAAGCAGCUGAGGAGCAGAGGCAGAGGGAGGAGGAGGAGGAAAAGCGCAAAGCAACAGAAAGAAAGAAGGAGGAGAAAAGGCAGGAAAGAGAGAGGGAGGAGGAAAAACAGAGGCAGCUGAAAAGGCAACAGGAGCUCCUGAGGCUGGCCAAUCAACACUACCACAGAAACCUGCUGCUGAGGCGAGGCCUGGCGCCAUGGAGAUGCCUCAUUCAGCUCAAACAAGCAAACAUGCAGCUGGCCCAGCGUCACCACAAUCUCUUCCUCCUGAGGCGCUGUACACUAGGUUGGCGGCAAUCUGCAAGAGAGUCCCUGUCUGCGAAAGAAGCUUCUGCAGACCAACUGUACCAGCACUUUUUGCUGCGGAGGAGCUUAAGCUGCUGGGAAAGACUUAAGGACAGGCGGAUGAUUCAGGAGGAGCGAGCCGAGCGUUUCUAUCGCACUCGCACUCUGAGGAGGUUUCUGCUUGCACUGCUGGACCACGUGACCCAGGAGAGGCUGGUGGAGUGGGACCGUCAGGAGCUGGCUCAGGAGCAUAACAACAGACGGGUGCUGCGGCGAUGUUUCCUGGCUUGGGGGCAGCUUCCAUGUCUGCUGCGCGAGGAGAGAAAGAAGGAGGAGCGUCGGGAGAGGCUGGGGCGGAAAGUGGCUGCUGUUCUGCCUGAUUUCUGCACCUGCCCAAUGUAAAGCCUGUAGCAGAUACUGUCCCUGAAGGAGACAAGCUACAUACCGACAACAUAAGUGUCAACUCAUCACAUAACUCUGGUGGGGACACAUACAAAUCUAGAUACACAGGCACACUUCUCACAUUCUUUUAAUAUAAAUAAAUGAAAUUAAUUGCAUACAAACACACAAAUGAAUGCAUUAAAACCUUUGAAUCCCUUUGUGGGAUGAAUUAAAGCAGCUGUCUUUGGAGAGCACUACAAACUUC